AUGGUAUCAGAACCCCCUGUAUCGAUCCAGAAAGAGAUCAAGCCUUUUUUAUCCCGAGCAAAUGAGGUAGCAAUAGCCAACCCUGCAAUUGCCUAUUUUUGUAAAUUGUAUUGUGCACAAUUGAUUCUUGAUAAGAAAUUACAUCAAAAUAGUGGUGAAAUAACGGCUUUUGUCACGGGAUUACUCGAUGAUAUUGAAGAAAUGAAAUCUCUGGGGCUGCAAGACCUUCAAGAGCUCAUCAGUGAUGAAUCAAAAGGAUUAGAAUAUGUGAAGAACUUUGCGUUUUCGAUAUUUGAGAAUUUGAACAAUCAAAUGGAAACCCACAAUGUGACGAGAUCCACAGCCACUGGGUUCAUUGCCGUGUUGAACUUUUUACAGCUACUAAAACUUUGGGAUCCACAGGAUGAAGAAUUGACAAAAGAAGUGGCGCAUAGAAUAAAGUACGCUAAAUUCCAUGCUGCUAGAAUUUUGAAAGCUUUCAAAAAUGGUGAAGAUCCUAAUGAUUAUGAACUUCCUAAACCAAAAAAUAACAAUGAAGAUGAAGAAGCCAUAGCCAAGUUGGAAGAGCAAUUAAAAAAUGAGAAGGUUGUGGGAUCAGAAGAGGUUGACAAACAUGAUAGUUACGAUGAUAAUAGCCGUGAAGAUCAUGUUGCUGUUGAUAAUGAUGAUGAUGAUGAAGAAGAAGAAGAAGAAGAAAGUAGUUCAAUUAGAUCAAUGACACCUCCAUUACUGGCAAACCAAACUAUUAAUGACAGUUCUAAUGCUUCAUUUAUUGAUAAUGACCAAGCUUUGAAAGAAAGAGAAGCAAAGAAAUUUUUGGCGCUUCAACAAGGCUUGCUGCAUGCUAUACCAAGACCAGCAAAUGACUCCUUUGAACUAGAAAUCAAACCAAAACCAGCACUUUCUUCUCGAAGCAGCUUAUCAAGGGUUUCAAAGCCAGACGUUAAGACUAUUAUGGAUGAAACUGAGUUGAUUUCGAAAGCUCAAAAGCACGCCAAAUAUGCUAUUUCAGCAUUGAAUUAUGAAGACAAACCCACGGCAAUUUUGGAGCUUAGGAAGGCUUUGGAUCUUUUGGAGAAUUGA